AUGAUGAACCUAAUUCUCUUCUCUCUCUCACUUACACUACUAUUCCACUCCCAUUUCAGCACAACCCAAGCUCUGUCCCCGGCAAAGUCCCCUGCAGCGUCCCCUCCAGCACCCCCGUUAGCACCAGUACCGGCACCGACUGCUACCCCCACGGAAGCGCCCACAGCAUCAACUCCCUCCGCCGACAUCACCAAAAUCCUCGGAAAGAGUGGCCGCUUUACGCUCUUUCUCCGGCUUCUGAAAAACACCAAUGUGGGUGAGACGAUCAAUUCCCAGCUCAGCAACUCAAACAGUGGCCUGACUGUAUUUGCACCGACGGAUAGCGCGUUUUCAACCCUCGGACUGGGCACUCUCAACUCUCUCCCUGAUAAACAGCAAAUCCAGCUAGUGCAGUUUCAUAUCUUACCCAACUUCUUCUCCAUAACACAGUUACAAACUGUGAGCAAUCCAUUGCGGACACAAGCCGGAGAAAAUGGUCCCGGUGAGUUCCCCCUUAACGUGACCACCGUCGGCAGCCAAGAGAAGUUGUCGACGGGCCUUAUGAACACUACAAUAACUGACACACUCUAUACGGACAACAAGCUUGUUGUGUAUCAGGUGGACAGUGUGCUUCUUCCUUCCAAAAUUUUUGGUUCUCUGGAUAAGAAGGCGACACCCGUUGCCGCAGCCAACAGUCCAACCUCCUCCUCCGAUUCCGAUGACGAUGCAAAGCCCGUUGCCUCUGGUGCAGUUAGUCUCACCAUGCAUGGAAUGGUGGUAAAUAUUGGAGUUGCUGUGGUUGCAUCAUUUCUUUUGUGACAAUAGACGGUGAUGAUUGUGCCAGCUGGAAAUACAGGGAGUUGGGUCUGGAGUCCAUUUGUUUGGUGCCUAUAUGAUUUGCUGAGUCAGAUUGAACGGUGGUGAUCGAGGCUGUGAGUGCCUCCCAAUAAUUGUAAUAUUUUAAAUUUUUUUCCCCCUACCCUUUUUGAUCUGUAUUUUUCUUUCAUUUGUUUUUGCUGUUCCUUGUAUUUCUUUUGUACUUUCUGUUACUUGUACAUGAUUUUCAUGUAAUUUGUGUUUCUUUGUUUCUUUUCCAACUUUCAUGCAGUUUGAGAUUGUGCACCAUUUUUACCAGGAAUGCUUUUCAAUCAGUGAAUUUAGAACAAUUGACUGACGUGUUA